GAGUCCUCAGAUCUGUCAACUACAGCUGCCCAGGUACUUCUCUGCCAGUCGUCAGUGCGCUCUCGACGAAUAAGCAAAAUGAACUUAGAAGAACGAGCAAUAGAGUACGAAACCUACAUAAGUCAAUUCGAUUCCGAUUCGGAGGAUGACGAAAUCGUGAAGAAGCUCAAGUACAACGGGUUGUUCAGCGAGGAAGACGACCAUGGCUUCAUCCAUGUUCUUCCUGGUAUAGUACCCGGUUAUUUCAAGCAAUGCGGCUCGAAGCCAAAAGAUGGACAAACCAUCUAUAACAACAACAUGGAACAGCAUAACUCUAUUGUGAGCGGCAUGCAAGCUCUCUCUUGUAACAUAAUACAAAGGCUCGUUAGUGCUCCCAGAAAUCCACCAGGACGCACAUGUUGUCGUCCUAGGGUCUGUCGCAAAAAUAGACGCCCAGCAAGGAGAACACCGAACACAGCCUCGGCUACUGAUAACACUCAAGCCCCAGGACCAUCGUCGUCCCCGGUGGAGGCCGACGAGAUGCAGCCACGCGAACAGACGCCCAUGGAUCCGUCUACAGGUACCAUAAGAAAAGUCUUGAAGCCAAAGAAUAAAAAAAAUAAGAAGACUCACGAUGAUUAGUGAGAAAGAGUAUUGCGAAUACAAAUUAAACAAUAUUAAGUUUUGUAUAACAGUACGAUAGUUAUUACUAAAUUCUAGUUACAUGAGCUUACUUGCUUUAACUUUAGUGACCCACGUAAUUUUAAACUUUUUGCGAAUUUCUGACUAAUUUUCAGUUUAAAUUGGAUUUAUUUACUUAAAUUUUUUGCGACAUAACCGUAUAAUUUUCUAUUGUUGUUUACUUAUUCAUUUCCGUACUUCAAGUCCCGUACUAUUUAAUUUUCUUCACUUAACUUUUAAAACCCUAAUAAAUAAAAAAAAAAAACUUUUAAAACCUUUUUAGCAAAAUCGAUAUACGUUGCUCAAAACGGUUGAUCUUGAUUUUAAUUUAUCAAUACGAAUUGUCGCGUGGAACUCCACCUAAAAUUAUUUAUAGAUCCCAUAUCUUUUGUCUAAAUUAAAAAUGUUCUUUUUUCAACUGUUCUUUUCAUUAUUCUAGAAUUUUCAGUGGAAAUUUCUUUUAUAAACGAUAGUUUAAAAUAUAAGUAAUGAUUCAUGUACUUGUCUAAUUGGUAAUAAAGAAAAA